AUGACCGUCGCCGUCGCCGACCAUGGCCACCCCCCCGUCGGUCGGCGACCCAGCGACGCGGCGCCGACAGCCAAUGCUGCUUCGGCUGCCUAUCGCCGCCCUGCGUCGUGUUUCAGAUCCCGAUGGGCGACCACGCGACGUGGCUGUCGACCGGACCUGGGACUGGCGCCGCGUCGUCCAUCCCAGAGUGCCAGAACAAAGAAGCAAAACAAGAGCUGGGUCGCAUUCGAGCUCGACCCUGGCUCGCACCCGCGCAUGCCGGCAUUCCACCCAAGCAGGGAGAGACUUUUCCGUCGUCUUGGCCAAAUCAUGCCAGGUAAUAAUACCACGAGGACGAAGGAGCGAAUGGCCGAGAGCACCAGACGCUGUGGUGCCGCCGUCAUCGGCAUCGCCGACAUUGCCAUACAAGUACAAGGACAAGGCACAUGA